UUCAGGUCUGUUUUUUUCCUGUCCAGCAGCCGCAGCAGCACCGUGGGGAAACCCGUUACACGACUGCAGUGAUAUGGAGGUGUAUUUCCCGAUGGCCUGAUUUGGACCAAAGUGAAGUCGCGUCAAGUUUUGAAGACCCAGCGUUACACCGUGUCAUGGAGAGAUCAGAGGCUACAUCGGAGCUCCAGUCGCGGUUGUCAUCCCUGUCCUUCUCGUCGUUCCCCGGACUGACAUCCAAACAGUGCGACAACCGACCGCUGGACAGGCUCCAGAAUACAGACCUUUCACAGAGCUGCGCCCAAUCCAAAACCCAAGCUGACAUGGCUGAAACCAAGGAGGACUCAGGGCAACAUACAGAGGGUAAUCAGGAGGCCCCUGCUGAGCCGACCCCUGGGGAAGGAGGUGAGGAGAACAACAGUGCUGGGAGCUGUCAGCUCUCCGCUGAGAUAAAAGCCCAGAUGCCGCCCCUGAAACCCCCAACGACAUGGACAUCUGCUGCACUGAAGGAGCUGAAGGCAAAGCUUCGAACGGAGGAGGACAGUGUGGUGACAGUGUACCGAGGCGACAUCAUGACAGUUCACGUGCCCACUGUCCCCGAGGCCAAAAAGGUGUGCUGGGAGUUUGCCACAGACGGCUAUGACAUCGGCUUUGGCAUCUACUUUGACUGGACUCCUGUCACGAGCCGGUCCAUCACGGUGCACAUCAGCGAGUCAAGUGAUGACGAAGAUGAAGAGGAGGAGCUGGAAGGGCCCGUCAGUAACGGAGAUGUUGAGAAGGGCUCCAAAACUCAAACCAACUCAAACUUGGCUGAAAUCUUACCUGUAUACCGCCAGGACAGUCACUUGUCCGUGAACGGGGGGAGCCACGAUUUUCCAGGUGAAGGCACUUACCUCCUGAAGUUCGAUAACUCCUACUCACUAUGGCGAAACAAAACUCUUUACUACAGAGUUUAUUACAGUGCCUGAGAUGCCAACUAAUUGCUUAUGAAUGUACACUUUACUGAAGAAUACUGCUCUUAAGAACGAACUAUUUUUGAUUCCAUACUUGGAAAAAAGAUGAAGUUAUAAUAUAAAAGGUUAAAUAUAGGCAUUCUAUCUAUUUUUUAUCACUAUUGGCUUGUGUUCCCACAUGUUGAAUUUACGUAUAUGCUCAGAUGGUUUUGAACGCAGCAUUUACUCCAGUGUCUUGCUGAUAGAUAUUUGAGGAGGCCUUGCAUAUGUGCCAUGUUCCCAUGUAUGCACUGUGCUGUUUGGUCUAGUGCCCGCCAUAAAACGUAUAUUGUCUUCAGCUGUAACAUUUCUAUGGUAGCAGUGAUCAGGGAACACCUGCACAGAAUACAUGUUUCGCCAACAGUGCUCUAAAGAAACUGAGGGGUGUUUUUUUGUUGUGUGUAUGUGUAUGUGUGUGUGUGUGUGCGCGCGCGCGCACAUGCGUGCACCUUCUAUGAUCAUGUUCCUUUGUUGUUGUUCCUUAUAUUUAUCCUCCUGCUUGUAGCGUAACUUAUUUUUAAAUCUGUGUUAAAUUGAAUCACGUGAUAUGUAAUACACAUUUCUGUGCACAGAGCUGUCUACUGUCAUAGUGGCGUGAUGGUAAAAGAUAGAAGUUGAAUGUACUGAAGCAAGUGGUAACAGUUUUCCAAAGUGUGCUUUUUAUGACACAAAUAAAAGUCAUCCCUUAUCACAUAAAGCUCUUAUUAUGUAAUAUAGAUUCAAUAUUUACAUUUGCCUCUCCUCCCCCUUUAAUUUGCUGUUUCGUAGGUAGGGAGCAGUUGUAAUGUUUCAUCGAAAUGUAUUUUGUGCGCAGGUUUAUGUAAGUAAAGGUCGGUGUGUUUGUUUUUGAAUAUCCAUUCCUCAGCUUGUAUUGUUGAAUAGCCUCGCUCCAUCCUGUUUCUCAAAUCAGUGCUUCUGCCACACCUCACUUGUGCGCAUGUUCCCAAAGAUGUCACAGAUUUGGCUGCUAAUGCCGUAUACAAUGUAAAGUAACUGCUUCCCAUGUUCGCUGUAAUGUACCUUUACUAUAUGUUAUGAUGACAUUUGUUCCUGAAAUUUAUAUUCAACAAUAAAGAGAAGAUUGUCUAACUUUC